CCACCAUGAGAUUUUUAUCUUGUUAUGAUCAAGUAUGUCUCAUAGCAUAUUGCCUUAUACUAUAUCUUCAUCUCGUUCUAUCACCCAACCAUGUAGCUUUUGCUUCUACAGAAGCGGAGGCACUUCUCCAGUGGAAAGCCAGCAUUCUGAACCAAACCCUGAACAAUCUCACCUCGUGGAGUUACCUGCCCAGCAAUACAAAGGAAAAUGCAAGUCCAUGCUUUUGGGCCGGUAUUUCAUGCAACACUGCUGGAAGUGUCAGAAGGAUAACCUUACCAGUUCUGGUAUACAAGCUAGGUUAAAUUGGAGAAAAGAAGUUUUGGAGCUUAAAGUCAGACGCAGGAUUGAAAAGGAUGCUGGCCAUUCUGAUCUUCCAGAAUUGUCUCUGUUUUGCGUCAACUUCAAAGAUUAAACUGUACCUUCUCAGAAGGAAUUAGCAGGUAAGCCUUAUACCAUUGGAAAGAUACGGAUGUUAGCUUUCUGAGGAAUUUUACGGAAGUGGAUUCGCAUUCUUCUGGAGGAAGUUAUGAUGAUUUAAGAGAACCUAGUUCGGGAAGGCAGAUUCUGACGGAUUUUGCAUAUCUUUUCGGAAUCUGACUUGUGAGGCCCAAGUCCGUUGUUCUUAGCACUCGAAUGGAACAAGACUGAACGUAUCUGACAUACUUUGAGUAAUUUCUUGCGUUGACUAUAAUAACCUUGUGUUUCUUUGGAGAGAAGAAAUCUAUUCCAAGUUGGACUAGAAGACUUAAGAAGCCCAAGUCAAGUAGGAAUUAAAAAGAGACAUACAAGGCAGAAAGGGAGGACGUCUAGAGACAGGAGGUGGCCUGGAGAGCAGAUUGAGAGGCAACAAGAGCAAGAGGAGUCACCCUCCAUCUUUAUUCCUCUUUUACUAUGUUUUUCUUAGUUAUUUUUAUUGUUUCUUUUUGCUAAACUUCUAAGCUAGGGCUGAGAU